AUGGAGCGUUCGGAGAAUCUGAUGAAAUUUGUCGGAUCGUUCUUCCAGUUGCCGGAGGCGGAGAGCAACCAUAUCUUAUUCUUGGCUGCUUCUGUUAAAUUCACCCACCCUAAUUUUUUCCAGCCCACCCACUUGCCUGCAAGCCACGCCUUACUCGACCUUUCUUCUCCUUCCUCUCUCGCUCUCGCUCACGGCUCACCCUCGCUGCCUCUCGCUCUCUGCCUCCUCUCUUCUUGUUCGUCCGCUCGUGCUCACCCUCGCUCUCCGUCUCUCUUGCUCUCGCUCGCCCUCGCUCGCUGCCUCUCGCCCUCGCUCUCUGUCGCUUUUGCUCUCGCUCGCCCUCCGGCUCUCGCUGCCUUUCUCUUGCUCUCGCUCGCCCUCGCUCUCCGCCUCUCUUGCUGUCGCUUGCCCUCGUUGCCUCUCGCCCUCGCUCUCUGCCUCUUUUUCUCUCACUCGCUCUCCAGCUCUCGCUGUCUUUCUCUCACGCUUUCCCUCACUGCCUCUCGCCCUCGUUCUCUGCCCGAUUGCCUCUCUCUUGCUUUCGCUCGCCCUCGCCCCCACGCUCGCUCUGCUAGUCGGCUUCGCCAUCUUGCUCGUUGCCCUGCCUCUGAUUCAGGUCUUCGUUUUACCCCCCCCCAAGCUUCCAGAUUUGCUUCAUUCGAGCCCAGCUACCCAGUCGGUUUAUAUUCGGCCGAGAUCGAGAAAAAGGGGUUAAAGGAGCAGAGGUCGGAGAAACGGGAUUAGGGCCAUCACAACAGUUCUCCACAUCCAGCGGCAUUACGCAGUGAAGUCUCUGUGCCUCACUUCGGUUUGCUCCCCCCAAGCAUAUACAACCUCUCUGCGGUCUGCCAGUGGCUUUCAGAUCUGAGAUAAAUCGGUCUCUGUGACUGUUUUCUGCACGCUUCGAGGAUCUGAGAAGGUUAUCGAAGUGAACUUGUGCAUCUCAUCCG